GUUCCUCCUUCAGCAUGUACAUCGUACAAAGUGGAUGUAUGCACAAGGCGUGUCUGUGUUUGAGUGUAACAUAGGAAUACGUUGACAGAUUUAGUGUUUCCAGUAUGUCUGAGCCGAAAGAAAAAAUUGACAUUACAUAUCUGAAAGAAACGUUUCUGGAAUGCCCCGUUUGUUUGGAACAUUUUAACCAAACAGAACGACGUCCUCUCCUGCUUCACUCCUGUCUCCAUGCUGUCUGUGCCCAGUGCCUCGAACAGCUCCUGGCCAAGGAGGGCAAAAGUCAGGUCACCUGUCCUCUAUGUCGUCAGGUGCAAAAGGUAUCCGGAAAUGCAAAAUCAGUGCCCUUAGAUUGUGUCAGAUAUAAGCUUGUUGAGUGUCUUGAAACGGCGGAAGAAGAAUAUGCACUUUGCAUAGAUUGUUCAGAUGGGAAUAAGGCGGAGUCGACCUGUCAGGACUGCUCUCUAAACCUGUGCAAAGAAUGCACGUCUGUACAUAGACGUCAUAGGCUUACACGUGAUCACAUCAUCACAUCUCUACACAACUCAGUACAACAUCUGCCGAGACCAGUUGUAAAGAGUCAUUUCUGUCCUCAGCACAAGAUGCAUCUAUUGGAGUUCUUCUGUAUCACUGAUGACACAGUGUGUUGCCUUUCUUGUUCAAAUCUAGAUCAUAAAGGCCACACUUUCGAGAAACUGGAGGAUGUAGCAAAAAUGCGAACUCAGGAACUUGAAACAGCUAUACAGAUUGUACAGGGGCAUGCAGGACGACUAAGAAAUAUGAUAAUGACUGAGGAAAAUCGUAAACGAACAUUCAAACAAUCAACAGAAACUGCAAAAUCCUGUGCGUCUCAAUUCCUUGCCAGUUUGGAAUGUGUCAUAAAGAAGAGAGAGGGACAAAUAUAUGAAGUAAUCGAUAAAAGAAGUAAGAGCAUGAUGUCCAUGGCUGAAAAGAAUAUUGAAGCAGCAAACUCGUCCUUAUCGAUGAUAGAGUCGAAGAUGUCAUACUUCACACAGGCAAAAGAAAGAGCUGACGUUGUGGCUUUACUCCAGAUGUACCCAUCCAUCAAAAAGGCCCUUGAAGUUUCACUUGGUCAGGAUCAGUGCCAACCAGAAUCCGACGAAGCUGGUGUCACCUUUAUUCAUUUGAAUGGAUCCCUUAUUCAGACAUUACUUUCAGAAGUUGGAGGUGUUACAACAUCUACAGAUUCCACUCACCAUAGCGACAAACAUGGUUUGAUGUCCCUUAUGAACAAAGUGUGUGAUGCAGCCUCAGAGUCCAUUGGGAAGAAGGAACUGCUGCAAUAUUUUAAACAGAAAGCGGAAGCUUUGGAGAGUGAAACUUGCAAGACAUGUCCGACACGGAAGGAACCUACGACCCUUCAGUGUGGGCACACUAUCUGCGAAGCCGGUCUUUUCGUCAAAGAACAACGGAUGUGUCCCGUGUGCAAAACCGGAAACAUGCCGCCUGGAGAAAUGAUUACAACAGUCAUCCCUGACGGGCUGCCAGGCAACAGGUUACAUGACACCAUUGAGAUAAAAUACGUAUUUCAGGACGGAAUUCAAACUGAGGGACACCCAAAACCUGGAACCGAGUAUCAUGGUGAAACAUUCACUGCCUACCUGCCCAACACUUCCGAGGGGCAGAAGGUGCUGGCUUUGCUGAAGGUCGCCUGGAAGAGGAAACUGACCUUCCAGAUUUACCACGACCCUCUUGGACUCUAUUUGCUGAAAUACUGCAUCCAUCACAAGAAGAUGAAAGUCGUAAAUCCUAAUACUGAUGACAGUUAUCCUGAUCGCAACUACCUCGGAGGAGUCCAAAUGAAACUGGUUGAACUGGGGGUUACAGAAGAUAGUCUCAAGUAGUUACAGAGUAUUCCCUCAAGUACUUACAGAAGCAGAUUGGUUCGCGGACCGAAGGUAAGGUGUAUAUUAAGCUGUCUCGAAGGAGAGUUCACCAGAACUUUGUACUGGUGGAUAAGGUCGAGCCUGCAAUUGGGCAACAUCAUGC